AUGGCGUUUGACUUAAGUUCUUUGGAGCCCAAGAUUCAUCAAAUCCUCUCCGCACCCGGAACGGAUUUAACAACUAUCAGUGCAAAACGCGUCAGGCGGCAGUUGCUCGAGAUAGAUCCUUAUGUCACCGCUGAGUUUCUGAAAGAGCACAAGGAAGAAAUCGAUUCCAUCAUUGGUGCCGUGUUCGAACAAGUGAGCGGAAACCAAGGUACGGGGGCCGAAGCGGAGACACACAGUGACAGUGCGGAACCUACGCAAGACGAGAAGCCACCGACGUCACGUAAACGCAAGCAACAGAACGACGAGGACGAUGCUCUGGACGAGGAUUCUGAAGACACCAAGGUCAAACGCUCUCCCCCGCAGAAGAAGUCCAAGAAACCUUCGAAAAAUGGCCGAGAGCUCAGUGAUGCUGAGUUAGCUCGCAAACUCUCGAGCGAAAUAAAUGGGCGUGCUACACGGACUGGUGGAAAAGCGCGCAGUAGCUCAAGUGUUGCUAAGAAGGGAUCUCGGGCCAAGAAGAGUGCUGCCACCGUUGAUUCCGACGACGACAGUGAAGACGGUGCCAGGAAGAAGCAACGAAAGAAAGCAGCAGCGAGUGGUACUUCCACCGGUGCCAAAGGAGGCUUUGGGAAAGAGUUCGCUUUAAGUGAACCGUUGGCGGCUUUGGUGCAAGUCGAUAAACUCUCCCGACCCCAGGUGGUCAAACAGCUAUGGGUAUACAUCAAAGGAAAUGAGUUACAGAAUCCGGAUAAUAAGCGUGAAAUUAUAUGCGACGGGAACCUGCGUGCAAUUUUCGGGGUGGACAAAAUCGACAUGUUCAAAAUGAACAAGGUGUUGGGGCAGCACCUGCACGAGAUUGAAUGA